AUGCAUGAAGCAACAAAAGCUCCGAAGAUUUCAUUCUACGACUACAUAGUCAUUGGUGGAGGCACCACAGGAAUCCCAAUAGCUACCACACUAUCUAAAAAAUAUUCAGUUCUACUGCUUGAACGUGGUGGCUCACCUUAUGGCAAUCCUAACAUCACCAAAUUAGCCAACUUUGGCUCCUACUUUUCCGACAACUCACCCGACUCCCCUUCUCAACAAUUUGUUUCCGUCGACGGCGUUGUAAAUGCACGACCACGUGUCUUGGGUGGCGGUACUUCAAUUAAUGGAGGCUUUUAUUCUCAUGGUGAGGCAAGAUUCCUAAAAGUGGCCAAACUAAUGAAUGAAAGAUUGAUUAAUGAAUCUUAUCGAUGGGUAGAAAGGGUGAUGGUUUUUAAGCCGAUUCUGACUAGGUGGCAGUCGGCAUUGGAAGGUGCGCUUGUUGAAGCUGGAGUGACACCAAAAAACGGGUUUACAUAUGAUCACAUCAUCGGGACUAAAGUGGGUGGUACUAUUUUUGAUCAAAAUGGGCAUCGUCAUACGGCAGCAGAUUUGCUACAAUAUGCAAAUCCUAAGGGGUUGCAUCUUCUUUUGCAUGCAACUGCAUACAAAAUUUUAUUCAAAAACAAAGGUAGAACAAGACCAGUGGCUUAUGGGGUAGUGUUUGAAGAUGCAUCACGUAGAAAGCAUAAGGCAUAUCUAAAAGGAAGAGAAAUGGAUGAAAUCAUACUAUCUGCUGGUGCUCUCGGAAGCCCACAACUUCUAAUGUUGAGUGGCAUAGGUCCAAAGGACCAACUUCAUACCCACAACAUCAAACCUGUGCUUCACCAUCCUUUAAUUGGUCAAGGCAUGGUUGACAACCCAUUAAACGAAAUUUUUGUCCCUUCUCCGGUACCCAUCUCACAAUCCUUGGUUAAUAUUGUCGGUAUUACAAAGUCUGGAAGCUAUAUUGAGGCAGUUGAGGGCUUCAAUUUAAUUGAAGCAAGACCUUCUGACUAUCAGGGUUAUUCCUAUGAGCUUUUAAGCACUUCUACUUGUUUUCAAAUGGGUGGAUUUAUAUUCGAGAAAGUUAACUACCCUCAAUCCAAGGGUUACCUGAAGCUUCAAAAUAGAAAUCCAGCUGACAACCCAUCAGUAAAAUUCAAUUACUUUAAAAAGCCCAAUGACUUGCAAAAAUGUGUUCUUGGGGUUAAAGUAAUCCUAAAAGCAAUUGAAUCAAAAUCAUUCUCGAAAUUCAAAUAUCCAAAUAUGACAAUCCAAGAUAUUCUCGACCUGAACGUUAAAAUGCCAACAACUUUUCCCCCACAUGCCAAUACGAGCUCAUCAUUGGAACAAUACUGCAAGGACAAUGUUAGAACUGUAUGGCAUUACCAUGGAGGCUGUCGAAUGGGCAAGGUAGUCGAUGACAAUUAUAAGAUUCAAGGUGUGGAUGCUAUUCGAGUGAUUGACGGAUCAACUUUAAUUAUCUCACCAGGAACCAAUCCCCAAGCGAGUCUUUUAAUGCUUGGAAGGUACAUGGGGGUUACGAUACUAAGAAAACGACUUGCGAGCAACAAAACCAAAUAA